GGUAAACACUGCAGCUCGAGGAAGAGAACAGUGACAUAAGGUGAUAUGUCUCCCUGAUUUGCAUCUUUGUCACUAAGUAGUCGGGCUACGCUUUACCACACAUGGGACAGCGGGGAUCGAGACCCCAACCCGAGACCCGAGUUCUCCUAUUGGGCCUCGACUCAGCGGGGAAAUCAACCCUUCUUUACAAACUGAAAUAUAACGAAUCGGUCGAUACCGUUCCCACCAUCGGUUUCAAUGUGGAGAUGAUAGAAGCCAAGAAAAGGAGGGAGAGGGUUGCUCUGACGGUGUGGGACGUGGGCGGCCAGAAGACAAUGAGGCACUACUGGAAGAGCUUCUAUCAGGACACAGCGGGACUGGUGUUCGUGGUGGACAGCUCCGACAGGCGCCGGUUGGACGAGGCCCGGCGGGAACUGGAUCACGCCCUGAGGAGUGAAUUCUUGCGGGGUCUGCCUGUGGUCAUCCUCGCCAACAAGCAGGACCUUCCUGAGGCGGUAUCUGUCACAGAGAUAACGGAGCGCUUUAACCUGAAGAAGAUGUGCGCUGAGCGGGACUGGUUCGUUCAGCCCUGCUCUGCCGUGACCGGUGCUGGGCUUGUGGAGGGCUUCCAAAAGGUGGCAAACCUGCUCAAACUACCAUCAGAGGACGUUCAAGACAAUAUUAAAGAGACAGUGCAGUAUCUAAGAUCAAAAUCAGUCAAGUCAAUGGGUUUGUAAUGUUUGAAAUGAUAGGAUAUGUCAAAGGAGUUAUGGACAAAUGAUGAUCAUUUGUUUUUAUUUAAUUGUUUAGGGAUGAAGAUCACAUUCCACUAUGAUCAAUUUGUUUCUUUAAAAGGUUAUCACAGUACAAUAGACUACAUGGAAACAAAAUAAAUCCACGAAGCGAAUCAUUUCACUUUAAAUCAGCCUAUGAGAUUUUUUUCAACAAAUUUGAUACAGGACUUUGGGGAGCAAUGCGUAAAAACGCACUCCAAAUGGUCAAAUUCACUUUUCACCGUUUAUGUAGGCCUAUAACCUAAUAGAUAUAAAUAUUGUAUCUAAUAAAAUGUCGUCCCUAUAUGCUAUUUCUUUCCCACCUAAACAUUUAAGGCCUCUUUCACACCUAGGAGUGACCGAUUUUAUUUAUUUGUGUUAAUUUAACAAAAUAGGCUCUUUAUAAACAACAUGUGAGAGUUAUCAAACGUCAUUGUGCUGGCAGUGAAGGUCAGUUAGCCUGGUUCUGUCAGCGAUUACAUACAGUUGGAAAGGCGCAGUUGGACCUGGCCGGUCCCUGUUCUUGUCCCGCUUGCGCCGUGGUCUCCAACCGACCUCUGUCCCCCUCCCGCACGGUCUCCUCAUAUGUUGGCAAGUACUUCACCUCAUCGUAGGCGGGUAGAGAGACAGGGGGAGCUAGGUCAGUAGCAAGGCUAUGGGAUGUGUAGCUCUCCAGGAGCGGGUCCUGAGAUACCGUUGUCCGUCCGUUGAGGAGCGGGUGCGGAUCGUUGCUGUCAAGCUGUCGCCUGGGUCUCGGGCAGACAAUCCGCUGGAUGAAGUAGCCCAGAGCAAACAGAAGGAGCAAAAGGAGGACCCCGGAGAGUUUCCGCGUAACCAUUGCGAUGUUGUAGAAGGUGCUGUGAACGGUGUGCCUGCAACAGCCGACGGCGACACUGUCGUUACCGUAUGCGCAGCAUAUCUGGUCGUCUCUGCAAAGGAUUUCUCCACAGUUUCGGAGCGCAUGUCCAAUAGUUAGAACAAAUAUGGAGAAAAAUGUAAAGCUCGGCGUGUGACCUUUGAGGUAAAGACACAUUCUUGUUAAAGAAAAUGCUGUAAGUCUGCUGUUUUGAUUGUAAAUAUUUCAAGUUGGUUGGAACGACGUACGCUAUAGUUUACUAGAGGCGCUCUUCACGCGCGUUUGGCUGAGGUACUUGUGCAAUGAGCCAAAACCAUAGAUCGAUGACACUGGGUGAGCCGUAGCAUCUGAACAUGAGGUGUUGAAAAAUUAGUCUGGAAUUUUCAUCCAUAUUUUCUCUCUGAACG